AUGUUACCGGUGGAUCGUGUUCAUGAAUAUCGAGAUUGCGAAUACGUGAAACACACGAAGGAAAUUAAAGACGGUUUAGAUCUUCACCCGCUUCUCUCUUCCCCAACUAGGGACUUCCUCCUUCGUAAUGACGGCCAACAUGUGAAGAUUGACAGCUUGAAAGGGAAGAUGAUUUGA